UUGGCUUGCUCUACGAAUUAACAGAUGUGCUUGGCUUGAAGAAGCAUACAUUUCUUGAUGGGAAGAAAACUCUUGUUUAGUUUCUCACUUUUGUUCUUAUGUAUGGUGUUUUCAGUCAGUUUGGAUCAGAUACUCGCCAGGAAGAAUGUCGGUUCUCAAGCGUCUUCCAGUAAAGAAGCGGUUGUACGGAAUGGUCAAAAGACUAGUGGAGAGGUGAAACCAGUCCAGAAUUUCACAACGAUACCCAUUGCCCAGACUCCCAGCUACAAUCUGAGUAACAAACACUGGAGUACAUUCAGCCAUCACAACCCUGUUAAGUUCUCCAGAGAUGGGAGUCCCUGCAUCCUCUUCUGGACUAAAAGAAUCACAGUUAAAUUUAAGAAUCAGACGUGGCUGGACCUCACAGAUGAAGCACUUGGUCAAAACACCACAGUGGACACUAGCCAUUCUAACUGCAGCGAGGAAAGCGCCACGUUGUCUUUAAAGUUUGGUGAUGCUGAAGAUCCCAAGGAUAUUGACAUAAGGUUCACCCUAACCAAUUACAACAAGCUGGCCAGCCAGAGUUGGUUUAGUUUACACCGCGUCGAGAUAAUCUUCAACAAUUCGGUGCAAGCAACUUUUAAUGCAACCGGCAUCUAUGCUCUGUCGUCUUUCUCGUACCGCUGCCAACGGGUCAGCAGCCUGCGGCGCAAUGACGCCCUACUGUUGCUUAGCAGCUCAGAUGAUGUGACAAGCCUGUGGGAGGUCACGUUUAUUGAUUUCCAGAUCCAAGGCUUCUCCAUCACGGGGGCACAGUUUGCUCAGGCCCGAGACUGCAGCUCUUCCUUCUCACCUGCUGUUCUGAUCGGCCUGGCCAUGUCUCUGAUUCUGUUGCUGGUGCUGGCCUAUGCUCUGCAUAUGCUCAUCUACCUGCGCUAUCUGGACCGCCACUACGAGUUCAUCACGUCUCCUGCCCACUUCCCGUCUCUGAGAGUGCCGGAUACAGGGGAGGAGAAGGAACUGCUGGGGAGCCAGGGAGCUGAAUGCUAUGAGCUAAGGAACCAGCAGAUCGGCAAAAUCUAUAUAUAACAGCACUUCUAUAUUUGUCGGCACUAGUCUCUGUUUCCUCACCAAGGUCAAACCAUCUCUCAAAGACAUUGUUCUCUCUUGUGGUGUCUGUCUUGUGACUUGUUUGAUUAAAAAAAGA